ACAUGUGAUUUGUGCAAGCUGAGGUGGACAGACAGAUAGAACUACCACAGGAUUAAAGCGUAAUGGCACACAUAUCUAUAUCUGCUUCAAAACCAGUAGGGAAUCUUCUGUUUUGGGUCUGUCUUUGUCUAAUGGUCUCAACUCUGCAGACCCUGGUACCAAACGAACAGAGACCAACUGUGAGACACACUGCAUCAACCAUGCCGACACAAGUACAAACCACUGCAUACACCAGAGCAGAUCCUGCCUAUGGAGAUGGGGGAACAUUUGGCUGUGCUAACAUGAGCAUCUGUGACACAUACUGUAUAGUUUGUGUGAACAAUUCCUUGAGAACCCAAGAAUGCUAUGAAGUGCUGGUGCACUGGUGUAAAUAUAAUUUUGAUGAUGCUAUGGGGUCCAUGAAUAGUACCGACUGGUGUUCGCUGGAAAAAAUAAAAAGUGCAUACAACAAUUUCACUGUGUGUACUGAGUCUGUUGCUGACUGUCUGCUGAUUCCCUGGCCAAAUCAGUUGGUUGAACACAUAUUUGUGAAUAUCCACACCACCUAUUUUCAAGAAUGCCCCACAGAGGCACUGAAGGACCCCCCUUCCAGCAUCAUCCUUGCCCUUGUCAUGACCCCCAUAUGCCUAAUCCCUGUUAUGGUGGUCCUAGUUGUUCUCAAGACUAAAAAUGGAGACAGGGGGUCCUAGAGAAGAUUCCAGGUGCAAGAAGAUUUUGUUCUUAUGCCUCCUUCUGCUCUGUUUCUUCUUCAUUCGGGAUGGUAUCCCACCCUGGGAUAAUGUCCUGGCCCAACACUCCCCAGUGAAUGUGCACCUGGCCAUCUCCAGGUUCGACUAAACCAGGAUGGAGGAUAAGCAUUUGUUCUAGGGGUGACCUCUGACUGGAAAAUGUUACUGUACUUCAGUGGAAUAAUUGUUGGUUACAAUUGUAUGUAUUUAUCAUUAACUUA